AUGUAUUCGCAGGUGUCCGCGCUAAGCACGGUGCCAUAUUUGGCCCGUUGCCUUCUGGAUCAUCCGCAACGCAGCCGCUACGAUCUCGGCCAUUUGCGGUACCUGGCAACUGGAACAAGCUACAUCAGCGAAGAUGUCGCAAGGCGCCUCUUCCUCGAGCUCAAUCUCAAGAGCUACGUUCAAAUCUAUGGGCAGACGGAGUUCGUCUUCAUAACAGGAGGCCUACACGAUUCACCGCCAAGGUUCGGAUCAAUCGGGCGUCUAGGAGUAGGCGUUGAAGCCAUGGUUAUAGACAAUGAAACGAAGAAGCCGCUCGGUUCAAUGCAGCACGGUGAGCUCGUAGUUCGAGGUCCCGGCCUUAUGCGGGGCUAUUGGGGAAUGGAAGAUCAGCCAUGCACGGAUCCUGAAGGCUGGUACAGAACAGGUGACGAGUGUUACCUCGACGACGAAGGCUGGCUCUACCUCGUGCAGCGAAUGAGUGAGUCCAUCCACUGCCGGAACGUAAAAGUCAUACCACCCAAGGUUGAAGCAGCCCUGCUACAGUGCGCCCAUGUGAAGGACUGUGCUGUCGUCGGCCUGCCACACCUGCAAGCUGGGCAGGUGCCUCACGCCAUAAUCGUCCCAAAAAGCAACAGCAGGCAUCUUGGCCCAGAGCACUACGUCAGAUUUGUCAACGAGAGGAUGCCAGAACAAUAUAGACUUGAAGGCGGUGUCACGCUCGUCGAUGCAAUCCCACGCAACAAGCUCGGAAAGUUGGUGAGACGCGAGUUGGUGAACUGGAUGCUCGAGCGACGUAAUCAAGGCAACACGCAAUAGUGUUUGGGAUCAUCACCUACUGCAUACAAGGAGGCACUUAGGAGUGAUUAACAGCCGCACCAAAUACGUUGACAAUCGAACAACCUCGAAAUAAAAGCCAUUCUAU